GUGACACCUGUGAUGAUGCCUCCACGGCCGCUCCCUCUCCCUCCACGCAGGUGCCUAUAAAAUCCAUCCUCUCAGAAAGCCUCGGCACCUCCACUUCGGAAGACUCCUGCAAGCAGAAUGACCUCCGUGCGCUUUUCCGGACUAUCCUCGAGCAUGCCCCGCCGCGCCAUGAGCGUCCACAGCAGCGCGCCCACCCGGAUGUCGUACGCCUCCAGCGGUUUGCGCUCCGGCUUUGAGCUUUCGGAUGCGCUCGGCGGGGGUAGCGCCGGGGGGGAGCGGUUCUCCGUGUCCGGCAGCGAGAAGGCGACCAUGCAGAACCUCAACGACCGGCUGGCCUCCUACCUGAGCAAGGUGCACGAGCUGGAGGCAAAAAACGCCAAGCUGGAGCAGCAGAUCCGGGAGUGGUACGACAAGAAGACCCCCACCGCGAGGGACUACAGCCACUACCAAAGGACCAUCGACGACCUGCGCUCAAAGAUCGGCUCUGCUGCUCAGGCCAACGGCCUACUGAUGCUGCAGCUUGACAACAGCAAACUGGCAGCAGAUGACUUCAGAAUGAAGUAUGAGAACGAGCUGGUAAUGUGCCAGUCUGUGGAGGCGGACAUUCUUGGGUUACGCAAGGUCAUGGACGACCUGACCAUGACGCGGUCUGACCUGGAGAUGCAGGUGGAGGGCCUGAGGGAGGAGCUGGUCUUUAUGAAGAAGAACCAUCAGGAGGAUAUGGCAGCGAUGCGCAGCAAUAUAAGCUCUAGCUCUGUCAACGUUGAGGUGGACGCCAAGCCUCAGGAAGACCUAAACCAGGUUCUGGAGGAGGUCCGAUCUCAGUACGAGGGCAUUGUCACCAAGAGUCGCCGAGAGAUGGAGGCCUGGUACAAAGUCAAGUUUGAGGAACUCAGCAAGAAGACGACCUCAGAGGCAAAUGAGCUAAAUCACGCACAAAGCGAGAUCAAUGACUUGAGGAGGGUCUUGCAGGACCUGGAGAUCCAGCUGGAGUCUGAGCGCUCCCGGAAAUCUGCUCUGGAGAGAGAGGUGAGCGAGAUUGAAUUCCGGUACAGCCAGAUGCUCAGUCAACUGCAGGGCAGGGUGAACGGAUUGGAGGCCGAAGUCAGCCAGCUGAGGGCCGACACCGAGAACCAGGCCAUGGAAUUCAAGAGGCUGCUGGACAUCAAGACCAGGCUGGAGAUGGAGAUUGCAGAGUACCGGCGACUUCUGUGUGGAGAAGAAGAGCAGACAGUCAAGGUGGCUGAAGUCAAAAAAGUGGAAGUGAAAGAAGUGAAGACAGAGGAAAAACGCAAACCAAAAAUCAGUCAGAGGACAUAUGUGGUGAUUGAAGAGAUAGUGGAUGGAAAGGUGGUAUCUCGCAAGGAAGAAGUUAACUCAGAGGACUUGGACCCAUAAACUGAUCCAGUAGAGGAAACCUCCUGUUUUUAGCUGGAGGACAAUACGAGUCAUCAAAUUAGUCUAAAUGUUCUCAUCAGUAAUGUUUCCUGAGCUCUGAACAUUUAUGUAUUAUCAUUGGAGAAUUGUGACGAGACCAUAAAAUACGUAUCUGUGUUUUAGAGCAAGAAGUAUUGUUGGAAAGUUUGUCUGCAGUACCACAGGCGCACUGUAGGUGUCCCUGUUUAACCUUAAAAAUGAAUAUUCAGGAAACAAAGAUAAAAAAAACUGUCUUUUGAUUCUCUUUUGUAUGCUUGUAAUAUUUGUUUAAUUUUAUGAAUAUCUUUCUAAUGAGAAAUAUUCUCUAAAGGAAGGUUUAUGACAUUGGUUUCACAGACUCAAAAUUACAAAUAAAAGCACCGAAAAGGCUCAACUGUG